AUGGUCGUCCCGCGAGAGAAGAACGCGAAUCUGCUUUACCCAGAAACGUUAAAGGAGGACCUCAUUCAGUUCUGUGGCACAAAUCAACGUACGGAUUCAAGUUCUGAAUACGAGGAGGCGUUGAGGAGAAUUGCAGCUCUGGAUAGCAACUUGCAGCAAGACAAGCCAGGCGUCGACAUCCAAGUCCCAAUGCAGAUGUGGUUCCACGUGGGGAUGAGCAAGUCUACAAAGCCAAUUGAGGAUAUUCAGAGCGCCGCGGCGGAGAUUCAACGAGGCUGGGAGCGUUCUGGGCACACCUACGAUUGCGAUCUUGUCCGACUACGUGAUCAAUCCGAACAUGCGGACACGGUGGAACGGUUGGUGAGGGAGAAUAAUUGGUUCUCGCAGUUUACGCUGUGGGUGAAUUUGGACAGAGAGCUCCGAUCUGGCGAGCUGCCCUCGAUCAAGACAUUGGGACGACUCAUGGCGUCUCUAUUUGUUAGCGGACGACGGCCGUAUGAAGAAAUAACUACCAAGUACCACCGCAAGUUUGAGACGCCAGAAGCGAGACCACUUCAAAUGGGAACAGUUCGCUUAAUAUGUGCGUCCUGGCUCGAAUCUCGCGAGGUGGAGGCAACGGGCUCAGCUAUUGCAGUAUGCCGGAAUGCCAGAAAACUUUCCAUGAGACUGGAAAUGCAUUCAACUGACGUUGACAUUACUCGGCAGUGGUGGAGGUGGAUAGCGUACGCGCUCUUCUCAAAGCGAGCGCGUACCAGCUCAUCCGUUGAAUCUCUCGCAUUCACGGCAAUUUCAGCCAUGAGCGCACAAGAUAUGGAGGCUUUCGCGGCCAUUUUGGCGUCUCACCACCCAGAGGAAGAACUCUUCGGUUGCCCUCGCGGUACAGUAGAGGAGAGAGACGCCACCUUGAAAGAUAACGCUUUGAUCUACGCUCUGAUUAACGAUCAAGGUAUGCCACGUAAAGCGUCUCGGAUCACCCCGCCGUCGGUUGUUCGAACCGUCAGGUGCUUCAGUGACGAUGGGGCCAGUGAAUGGGUCAACGCGCUUGUUCCCGGGUACGGGCGAUGCCUCAUUAAUCGGGCGGAUUUAAUUUUUCACGAGAGUACCGAGAUUUCUGGUAAGCCGUGCAGCGUGACAUCGCUCUGGAUCGGAUUUGAGAAAGACGACGAUGAGCGCCACGUAUACCCAGCGAUUUCAAACGGAUUACCUCGAUUUCUGCAGCUUGUCGGCCAAGAGCUGAAGGAUUUAACGCUUGAAGGACCGAGGGUGGAGCUACCUGUUGGCGCGAUCCUCGAAAGCUGUCCUGUAUUGGAGGAGCUGUCACUAUGUGGGUACUUCGUGGAUGUGAAUUUAAAUUUCAGCGAGUGCAAAACUGUGCCGCCUGCUUCAUUUAAUUGUCAGUGGGAGGAUAUCGCUGCACUUGCUGCAGCUCUGAGUGACAGCACCAAUCCAGUGGCCAAGUGCGUACGCCGGCUUCGAGUGCACUUUGAUGCGCACGCGAAAGCGCUUCUGCAGAUGCUGGAGGUGAGCCGGAGCUUGGAGUAUGUCGACGUCAUUGUGUCUGCAUCCGAUGCACCGGCUGCGUUUGUCGACGGGUUCAAGAGGCACCAUCGCACACCUAUUAACCGGUCGGUCAAAUUCGCUCUAGAGACCAAGCUGGCGUUCCUCAGCGUGGUUUCCGCUCGACGAGAGCCGUUGACUGUUGCCAAGAAGCGGAAGCAAUCGGUGUUGAAAACCCAUGUGGCGAUUGGCCAGCUUGACGAGAACGUACUGUCCAACAUAUUCGCAUUGGCGGCUACUCCGAUAUACCGUGAAGUGCAUUUUGGCGCCCCGCGCGCUGAUUUCUGGGAGGAGGAACGCACUCAUGUGCUCAUCUAG